GAAAGGGUUGACGGUGGGAGAUGAGUCUGCAGUUGUGGCCACGCUUGAAUAGUUUUUGUAAGACAAUUACAAUGAAGUACAUUUUAAUGAAAAAAACCAUUGCCUUUUUGUCCGUCACGGGCUUUUGGCCGAAAACGAAAGAAUCCACCAAAACUCGCGCAUUCUGCAUCCUCUUCUCCAGCUCGUUCCUCUUAUUCGGAAGCCUCGGUUACUUAAUAGUUUACCGUAAAUUCGGGAGCGACGACAUAGAUUCCAUCGAAACCGCCACAAGCCAUUUCGGAGUGCUAUAUUUCAUGUUCUUCUGGAUUUUGAAGCGAGACGGUCUAGUCCACAUUGUAAACCUACUGUCGGAUUUUUCCAAAUUCGGGGAACCGCGCUUUUUCAACGACCGCAACCGGCAGCUGGACUACCUCCUGCAGUACUGCAUUUUCGUCCUGAGCGUGGCCACAGGCGGCGUGUUCCUGUGCCCGAUUAUCUUCGUGAAAAACUGCGAAAUGGUGAAGCAGGAAAAGAACCUGACGAAGGUUUGUGGCCUGGUGUCUAAUGUUUGGGCGCCGUUCGAUUACAGCGAAUACCCGAUGAAGCGCGUGGUCUCGCUUUGGGAGAGCUAUUGCUGUUUUAUUAAUUUUGGGUGCGGGGGAAUCAUGUCGUUCACCAUGAUCAAAACGAUGGAGCAUUUGCACAUAAGGGUUGAGCAGUUAAAAGACAUGUUUCCCGACGUCGUGAAUGAGAAAAACCUGGCUGUGAGGAAGCAAAAGCUGGAAAAGUGGGUGAAAUACCACUUGCACCUUUACGAUAUUGGGGAGUUGAUGAACAACACGUAUCGCUACUGUUUGUCGGUUAUUGUUUUGUGUGUUGGUAUUCUGUUUGGAUGUAUUGGGAUCUCCACCAUGCAGCCUGGGUCUAGUCACAAUUCGCUUUUUCUCUUCAUGGGAUGGUUUCAGUCAAUUUGUAUCCUGUGUAUGGUUGGCCAACGUUUGCUGGAUGUGUUUUUAUCCGUGGGAGUGAUGGCUUAUGACAGCGCCUGGUACGAAAAGGACGUUGAUUUCCAAAAAGCUGUCCUUAUGAUUAUGAUUCGGGCUCGUAGACCGGUUCUUAUUUAUGCAGGACCGUUUACUAAUUUGUCUCAUUUAUUAAUACUAGGGGUACUCCAGACUUCGUACUCUUACAUCAACUUGCUCAAUGCAAAAUAAACACGUUUAUUUACAUCACUUGUGAGUUUGGAAUUGUAAUUAUCACACAUCACUUCACCAGUAGCAAAAAUAAAGCCACGGCGUAAA